AUGCAAGCUAAACACGCUCCGGUGUCCGUCUUGCUGGUUCUCUUCGUGCUCUCCGUCGUCCUCACGCUGGUGCCACAGCCGCAGAAAUCAUUCUUCCGGGCUCGGCCACGGCCACUUCUGAUCGACAAUGAUGGCGGGGGCAUUACGGCUCACGCCUCCGGUGGUUGCGACUACUCCGACGGGAAAUGGGUGAAGGACGCCACUACCGCGACGCUCUACGGGGAAGACUGCCCGUUCCUCGAUCCCGGCUUCCGCUGCGAGCGCAACGGCAGGAACGACUCGUCCUUCCAGCAAUGGCGCUGGCAACCCCGCGGCAGCUGCCACCUUCCGAAGUUUAAUGCGACGGAUAUGUUGGAGAGGAGCCGGAACGGCCGAAUCGUGUUCGCUGGCGACUCCAUCGGCCGUAACCAGUGGGAGUCCAUGCUGUGCAUGCUCGCCAGCGCGGUGCCGAAUGGUUCGAGGAUAUACGAGCAGUCCGGGAAGCCCCUUAGCCGGCACAAGGGCUACCUCUCCAUGAUCUUCCUGGACUACAACCUCUCUGUGGAGUACUACCGCGCGCCGAUGCUCGUCAUGGUCGACCGCAUCCUGCCAGUGGCAAGCAACAAAGGUGCAAGCAUUACCAGGGGCGCCAUCCGGCUCGACGUGCUGCCACGCCACGCCACACGCUGGGCCGGUGCCGAUGUGCUCGUGCUCAACACGGGUCACUGGUGGAAUGAACACAAGACCAUCAAAUCAGGAAAUUAUUUCAUGGUGGGAGAUCGGUUCAACAUGACAAUGGACAUCAAGGAAGCGUUCCGGUUAUCCCUGCAGACGGUGAAAGAUUGGGCGCUAAGAAGUCCACGACUCUCCACGAGCGGCUACCUCUUCUUCAGGAGCUAUUCUCCAUCACACUACGACAACGGAACGUGGGACACUGGGGGCUCAUGCGCGGACCAACAGGACCCGCUGGUGAUGACCACUGGCGAGAGCGACCAAGAGUAUUCAUGGAUCAACACGAUGAUCUCGAGCACGGCACGACGCACGAGUAGACAACAGAUGAACAAUAGGGUGGUGUUCUUGAACAUAACGCACAUGACAGGGCUGAGAAGGGACGGUCAUCCGUCGCGACACCGAGAGCCCGGGACGCCGCCGGAUGCCCCAGAGGAUUGCAGCCACUGGUGCCUGCCAGGUGUGCCGGACGCGUGGAACCAGGUGAUGUACGGGCACCUCGUGUCUACGGGAUAUGGCAUGAGGUCGGUCAAAAAGUAA